GCUUUUGACGACUAAGGCGAGGACUCCAGAGACCACGAUGUCACAUUCAACAGGAAUUUUCCUCAUGCUUUUGAUGACUAUCACCAGGAUGGCACUGGUUUCGACAGGGUCCAGUAAAACAGUGCAGUACCACUUUAUCAAUGAAUCCCUGACCUGGUAUGAGGCUCAGAGCUUCUGCAGAUUAAAGUACACUGACCUGGCCACCAUAAAUAACAUGGCUGAAGAAAACCAGCUGGUCAGUACACUGGACAGUCACGCGACUGCCACAUGGAUCGGACUUUACAACGGACAGAAUGACAGGUGGCUGUGGUCUGAUGGCAGCGGCAGAGCAGACUUCACCAAAUGGAGCCUCGAUCAACCAGACAACUAUAAUGGCAUAGAGUCGUGCGCAGAGAUACAAGAUGACGGCCGCUGGAACGAUAUUCCAUGUGACUUAACCAGAGCUUAUGUGUGUUAUGAAAUUCAGCAGGAUGGCAGCAAGAAGUAUGUGGUUUACACACAGGUACAAACCUGGCAGAGCAGUCAAGAUCUAUGCAGACAGAAGCACAUUGACCUGGCAUGUGUGCUUACAGACAAGGAAAAUGCAGCGAUUGCUGCAGUUACCAACAAAGCGUGGAUUGGUCUGUUUAAAGAUGCUUGGGUUUGGUCAGAUGGAACAAAGACCUCCUUCAGGUACUGGAAAAGAGGCGGAAGUUAUAGUGGAAACUGUGUUUCUGUGGAAGGAUCAAAGACGGGACGAUGGAUACCAGCUGACUGUAACAAGAAAGCAACAUUUAUCUGUCAAGGAGAUGCCAAAUUAAAGAAGAUGGUCAUAAGGAUGAAGGUGAAGUCUGAUGUGGAUCUCACUGACUCCGCUGCCUCCAGUCUAAUCCUACAGAAGUUGGAGACCAUCCUGAUAAAUCAAGGGGUGGCUGAUUUCAAACUCAGCUGGCAAAGUGAUAAAAAUGGCAGUGUCUUUCAGCGUUAGUUGGAAACCACAGAGAAGACGGGAUGCUGACUGCAGAAGUACCUAUGUUGUUUUACUGUAGCGCUGAUGAAUGGAAACAGAUUAUUUAAAGAUUGUGUCUCACCUCACUGAAUUUAGGUGGAAACUAUAGGUUGGAAGUAGCACUUAUACAAUAUUAUACUUAUACAAUA